AUGGCACCAAGCCAGGCUGCACAAUCGCUUUUCGGACAUGUCGUGCAGCCGGACUCACUAAGUCUCUUUUCAUCCACCUCCUCUGACGCAUUGGCGCUUUGGACGUCGCAUCAAGAUGCUGACCUACUUGAAGACUCCGGCAUUCGUCUGCUCAACGAUGCAACCAACGAGAUAGCACCAUACGACUCUGGAACAACAGAUCAAAGCUUCGUGCUGCGGUCCGAAGUGACAUGCAAGGGCAACAGCUCUGAACCGGUGCUGCAUAUCCAGUCUCCAGCCAUCCGUAAAACUUUCAUCCAGUCCCCACCGGAUGACAAAGAUGAGCUGGGCAUCCUUGUUGGCCAGAUCUCCUUCCAAUUCAAGACUCUUGGUAGAUCAAGGCCGUUCGCGUUCGAAGUCGGGGUCAAGGAUGACGAAGGGCAACUGGGAGCGAUACGAGUAAGCAGCUUUCAGACUGAACCGCGGCUUUACCUUGCGCUCACUAACAAAGCCAGUGCAUCAGUGGAACAGGGGACCAAAUUCGGCGGCCGAACAGUUGCUGUGCUGCAUCUUCCACUCUCCAUGGCUUUUGGUCGGGACCACGACGAAACAUCGCUUACGACCUGGCAGGUGCUCACGCUUCCGCUCAACCGGCUCGCCAGGCACCUGUCUGACGCUUCUCUGGCCAAGUGCACAGAAACAAUGAGGACCCAAAAUGCAACGCUGUUUGGCAACUUCCACAGCAUCUCUUAUGUCAAAGUACAUGCCAAUAUGCGACUCAGGAGGGUUUGGUGCUCACAACGUCUACCUGAUCACGAUCUACCCGAAUUUCAGAUGUUUUCAUGA